AUGAGUAGUCGAUUGACCACAUCAAAUCGAAAACAGCAAACUGGCAGUGAUUCUGGGGAUUGGAGUGCAAGAUCAUUUCCAAUCGAAGCUCAUACAUGUAAAUGUGGAAUUGAGCUUCCAAUAAACACUUCGUGGACUGAUAAAAACCCUGGGCGGCGAUUUCUUGCAUGUGCGAAUUACAUGAAAGUAUCACAUUGCAAUUAUUUUGAGUGGGUCGAACCAGAAAUGUGUGGAAGGUCAAAACAAAUUAUUCCCGGACUGUUGAAGAAAUUGAACAAAUUGGAAGAUGACAUGAAAGAAGAGAAGGAAAACCAAGGGAAGAUGUUGAUUCAACUUGAAUUAUACAAGAAGAAAGUAAUGAAGUUGAUGGUUGUGAUUCUUGCUUUGCUUUUGUUUAUAGCAAUGCAUAUGAUUUUGAAGCUCUAA